AUGGCGGUAGAGCUUGAGCAGUCUCACCUCUCUUUUCUCACGAACUCGACUGGCGAUCCAACCAUUGAUGCCGAUUUGCAAUACAUUCGGGACUUGGACUGGGCCAAAACCGCCGUCGGACUCAUUUCAUCGUGGCCUCGCGAGCUGUUGUUGCUCAUUCACAUCGCCAUGAUCUCCCCUCAACCGCAGCUUUUCCUACUUGGCUCCGAUUCGACCGUCCUUUACAACACAGCGUACGGCCGACUGCUGUACGACCAUCAUCCGCAGUACCAAGGACGACCUAUAAGCCUAAACACAGCUUUGGUACAGCAACUGCCCUUGGUCGAUGGACUUGGCGAGUGCCUAAGAGUAAAGUCGGGUCUUAAUGGCGGGCAAAAAAUACCCUUCUUUUUCUCCAGAAAUGGACGGCUCGAGGAAGUGUUCUUGUCCAUUACAACAACGGGUCUACCGCCGUCCCUGGGCGGAUCCCAUGCCACAACCUACAACGUCACGCGAGAUAUGCUGGAGUCUCGUCGUGAGCAUUCUUUGGACGAAUUUCGCAGUUCCUGCGAGACUGCCUUGGAUCUGGAUACGCUGUGGCCCUCGAUCUUGAAAGGCAUAUCCAAUGGAGACGGAGACAUAUCAUUUGCCGCGUUGUACCGCGUAGAGACGACUGAAGAACAAGACAAAGAGACCGCUUCUUCUGAGGAACAGGCUCGGUCACCAACCUUCGUUCUCUCUGGUACUGUUGGCUCCUUCCCGACCACGCCUCCUCCAACGCUCGAGCCAAUCAUGGAUCAAGGAUGGGUUGACGCCUUUUACAGGAGUGUCAAUACUCGUACACCGGUACUCCUCCAGGCUGAGAACGGUACACUCCCCCAGGAAAUGUGUGAGGCUUCUACGAGUCGAUGCUAUGGCGAUGUGUGCCAUCAGGCUGUCAUCUUGCCAAGUGUUUCGAACCGCACUGCCAAUGUUCAUGCUGCCUUAAUCGUCGGUCUGGCACCUCGUACACCUUACGAUCGCGCCUAUCAAGCAUGGAUCAAGACGCUCCAUCGUGACUUCUCCCACGAGGUGAUUUCGAUGGCAAAUGCUGAAGCUAGGAGCCGUACUGAGAGGAUCCGCAAAGAACGCAUUGCUAGAGAAGAGGAUGUUUCCACCAAGGAAGAAGCUCUGAAACAACAAGAGCUUGCGCGCGUAGCAGCUUUGGAGCAGCUUCAUCUUAGCGAAUCGCGGCUGCAACAAGCCGUAGAAGCCAAAAGGCAACAAGAGAAGUGA